ACGGCACCAUGCCGGUGGAAAGGAUGCGCAUGCGCCCAUGGCUAGAGGAACAGAUCAACUCGAACACGAUACCAGGGCUGAAGUGGCUGAACAAGGAAAAGAAGAUCUUCCAGAUCCCCUGGAUGCAUGCAGCGAGACACGGCUGGGAUGUGGAGAAGGACGCACCGCUCUUCAGGAACUGGGCCAUCCACACAGGAAAGCAUCAACCAGGAGUAGACAAACCCGAUCCAAAAACAUGGAAGGCGAAUUUCCGAUGUGCCAUGAACUCCUUGCCUGAUAUUGAAGAAGUCAAGGAUAAAAGUAUAAAGAAAGGAAAUAACGCCUUCAGAGUAUACCGGAUGUUGCCCUUAUCUGAGCGGCCUUCUAAAAAAGGAAAGAAACCAAAGACAGAAAAGGAAGACAGAGUUAAGCGAAUCAAGCAAGAACCAGUUGAGUCAUCUUUGGGGCUUAGUAAUGGAGUAAGUGAUCUUUCUCCUGAGUACGCGGUCCUGGCUUCAGCUAUAAAAAAUGAAGUGGAUAGUACGGUGAACAUCAUAGUUGUAGGGCAGUCACACCUGGACAGCAACAUCGAGGACCAAGAAAUUGUCACCAACCCGCCAGACAUUUGCCAGGUGGUGGAGGUGACCACCGAGAGCGAUGAGCAGCCGGUCAGCAUGAGCGAGCUGUACCCUCUGCAGAUUUCCCCCGUGUCUUCCUACGCAGAAAGCGAAACCACCGACAGUGUGCCCAGCGACGAGGAGAGCGCCGAGGGACGACCGCCCUGGCGGAAGCGGAACAUCGAAGGCAAGCAGUACCUCAGCAACAUGGGCACGCGGAGCACCUACCUGCUGCCCAGCAUGGCCACCUUCGUGACCUCCAACAAGCCCGACCUCCAGGUCACCAUCAAGGAAGAGAACUACCCGAUGCCUUUCAGCAGCUCCUGGCCCCCGUACCCCGACCACCCACUCGCGGCCUCCGUGGCCCCCGCACCCAGCGGCAGCCGGCCGGACCGCGAGACCCGGGCCAGCGUCAUCAAGAAGACGUCCGACAUCGCCCGCGUCAAGAGCUGUUAGGCCUGCGACCUCCCCGGCGGUCGGUCGUCGGCACGUCUCGGCUUCGUGUUGUUUGUUUGUAUUUUAUUUUUCUCUCUGACACCUGUUCUAGACAAAUCGAAGGGACAGAGCCUCGGCCACAGGACAGUGACCGCUGUGUCCGGCCGCGGCGCCGGCCGGGCUUCUCUCUAACUCAGGACGCCAGCCCGGUGGCGGACACGUGUCUCUAGAGCCUGCUGGGUCUCCCGGGGCUGCUCCCCAAGUGCAAGGACGGCAUAGGACCAACCCCCACGCGGCUGCCUGCGGCCGCGGCCACCUCGCGGAGCGGACGCCUCGGAGCGAGCGGAGGAGAAAAUGUGAACGAGCUGGAAGAGGUUAUCCUUGUGAAUAUGUACAUAGGGCAGUACUAGCGACUCGCCGGCUUCUGCACCUUAUCGUAAAGCACUUACAGAUAGACCUUCUCGAGCCCUGGCCUACUUCUCGGCACACUCGGCCCUCCCCUGCCCCCCACCCCGUCCCCCCCCUCCUCCUCCCCCGGCGGCUGUGGGCUCCACACGCACCCGGAGGAGGAGGAGAGGAAAGGGCACUUCUCCACAGAUGUCCCCUGUGCAGACUGCUUUAAGAGAGAGAGCAUCUUUCUAAAUCUGCUAAUGCUUGAAGGCCACGCGGUACAAAGGAAAAUGAUCUUGAGAUCUUAUGCAAAUUCCCAGAUUUGAAGAUAAAAGAGAGAGAGAGAAUCCUCUAAUUCUAACCAGAGCAAGCUUUUUUAUUUUUUAUACAGGGGAAUAUUUUAUUCAAGGUAAAAAAAAAUUCUAAAUAAAAUAAAAUCGUUUUUUAUCUUUUCUACAGCAAAUUUAUAAUUUUAAGAUUCCUUUUCUUGUUUCUCAGCAGUUGUUAUGACACCCUUGUGGCACACUGUUUUUUAAUUUUGUAAAGGUGAAAAAGCUUUUAUGAGCUCAUGUAGCAAUCAAAUUAUCCUGUGGAUUGAUAAUAAAUGAAUAUGAUAUAUAGUUAAAUUUUUAA